AGCCCCUCCCCACAAGCCGCCCUCUGCAACAGGAAACCCCGCCGGGGCCUUGCGUCGGGAGGCAGCGGGAGCCAAACUCAAGUUCGAUCCAGGUAGAUGCUGACUCUGAACACUUGGACCCCUUGACUCAGCUGCUGGGGACCCUAUCCCCACCCGCCCCACAGGGGCAGAAUGGAGCUGGAGGAGGGAUACAAUGGGAACCCGGCACUGGGUGCCCGCACUGGGUCGGCCAUGGCGAUCAUCGGAGCAGAAGACGAGGACUUCGAAAACGACAUCGAGCCAUUCCAGAACCCAGAUGCACAAAGCAGCAUGUUCCAGAGCCUGGACCUCUUAACGCGGCAUCCCGCCUACUUGAUGGUUUUUCUGCAGCAUGUGGUACUGCAGUUCGACUCCAGCCCUGUGCUCUGUUACCUUCAUGUGGACCUCAUACUGAACCGCCUUGGGGCCAAGGAGGCGAAGAAGCAGUUUGUGGAAUUCUGUCAUACGUUCCUAGACAAAGCCGGGCUACUGAGGGUCCCUGUUCCAUCCUCCGUCCAGUUUGAGCUGGAUCGUAACCGACCUGAGCUUCUGCCCGAUGACCAGCAGCGAAAACACUUGCAGGACAUCCAGGCUUUCCAAGAGCAAGAGAUUGCUCGGCAGCUGGAGGACUUCAGGGAAAAGAGGAAGAUGGGGAUGACCCCGGGGGAGUCUGAGCUCUUUGAGUUGGAAGGCUAUCGGACGAAGGACAAAGGCAUCCGCGAGGCCAAGGAGAAGCAGCUGGCCGAGUUGCUGAUGGUGAAGCUGGAGGAGAUGCACCCCACCAUUUCUGUCGACGAGGAGAAAAGUUCUGCCAUUUUUGCUGCCGUUGUGACAUAUAUGAAGUCCCUGGGGGUUAAGACGAAAGCUGCCGAUAACAAGAAGUCGAAAGCCAACUUCUUCCGCAAGAAGAUUUCGGGGACCAAGAAGCCCGAGGAAGCUCCCAGAUCAAAGAAGAGCUUCAGCAUUUUGGACCCAGCCCGCUGGAACCGGGGAGACUCCCACUAUUCUGAUUACAGACAACCCAAACCAGAGGGUGAAGCAGCUGAUAAGGCGCCGGCCUCGGACAGGAAAGGAAAGCCAUUGGAGGGAGGCCCAGGGCGGAUCAAGGGAAGCUUUUCAGGGUCGGAUCCUGCGGGAGUGUCCGUCACUGUUCACCCCCCUCUUGGGGAGGGCAAUGACAGAGAGCAGGGUGCCGACAGUCAGGCUUCAACUGAUGCCUCAGACUCCCCAGUUACAGAACAGCCCUUGGCUGGGGAACAGCCCCCAGCUGAAGAUGGCACAGAAAACGAAAGAAGGCGAAAAAGGCUGUCAGCAAAGCUGGGCCGCUCCGAGAGCCUGCGGGUAUACGAGCGGAAGCGGUCUCUGCGCGGCUCAGCCAAGGGCAAGCAGCCACGAUCGCGGAGCGACGUGGACGUCGAGGCCGCUGCCCGUGCCAAUGAGAUGGAGGAGAAGCAGUCCCUAGAACAGGCUCGGCAGAAGCAGGGGAGUCGCAAUCUGGAGCCAGGAGGGGCUGGGGGAGGGGAGCCCCCGCCGUCCUUUCUGCAUCCCCAGUCUGAGGAGACUGAGCCGCGUGUUUCGGAACUGGAGCUGGACCCGCCCAACUGGCGAGAGCUCGUCCCCAACGACACCCUCCUCAGGCUGAAGAAAAGCGAAGUGAAGCGGCAAGAGGUCAUCAAUGAGCUGUUCAUCACCGAACAUGCCCACCUGCGCAUGCUUCGGGUGCUGCUGGAGGUCUUCUACCAACCUCUGCUGGCUGAGGAGCACUUCAUUUACAAGGAGCUGGCCAACAUCUUCCCCAGCUUGGAGGACUUGAUCGAUGAACACAAGGUGUUUCUGGAGAGCUUGAAGAAGCUGAGGGAGGAAAACAAUUCCCUUGUUUCUGAAAUCGGGAACACUCUGCUGGCUCGGUUUGAUGGUCCUGAAGGAGCCUGGUUCCAGAAGAUCUCGGCCCGUUUCUGCAGCCGCCAGUCGUUUGCUCUGGAGCAGCUGAAAGCCAAGCAGAAGAAGGAGCCGCGUUUCAACCAGUUCAUCCAGGAAGCAGAAAGUCAGCCUCGUUGCCGGCGGUUGCAACUGAAGGACAUCAUCCCCAUCGAGAUGCAGAGGUUGACCAAAUAUCCGCUGCUCCUUCACAACAUUGCCAAAUGCACAGAGGAGGCCGAGGAGCGGGAGAAAGUGCAGAAGGCGGCCAACUGCUGUCGGCAGAUCCUCAACCACGUCAAUCAGGAGGUGCGCGACAUGGAGAACUUACUGAAACUGAAAGAUUAUCAGCGUCGCCUGGACCUCUCCAACCUGAAGCAAAGUACUGAUCCACUGCUUAGUGACUUUAGGAACGACAUCACCAAGAAAAACCUCGUCUAUGAGGGACCUCUGACUUGGCGUAUCACCAAGGAUAAAUCAGUAGAUGUCCACGUUCUCCUGCUGGACGACAUCUUGGUGCUUCUGCAGAAGCAGGAGGAGCGCUUGGUCCUCAAGUGCCACAGCCGCACCAUCAACCCAACCCCUGACGGGAAGCAGAUGUUGAGCCCCAUCAUCAGGCUCAAUUCGGCCAUGACACGCGAAGUGGCCACAGAUAUCAAGGCUUUCUAUGUGAUUUUCAGCUGGGAGGACGGAGCCCAGAUCUAUGAGCUGGUUGCGCAGACGGUGUUGGAAAGGAAGAACUGGUGCAGUAUGAUCAGCGACACGGCCGGCUCUCUGAAGGUCCCCAUUAAACCACGGCUUUCAGUGCCAAACAGUCGGUCUUCGCCACACAGCCCCAGCUUCAGCUACUCAGAGGGGUUGCUGGGUGGGACGGAGAACGGCAGCUCCCACAAGGAGACCCUGCAUUCGGAGGCAGAGCGAGAGAAGGACGGGAUGCUGGAAGGGGCCGAGUUCGAGGGGCGCAGCCCUGUGAGCGGACCGAAGCUGGGCAAGGCAACGGAGGAGAUCUUGGACGACAUGCUGAACUUGCACAAGCACCGGCCCAUAGGCCAGGGGGCCCUGUCAUCCGCCGCACAGGACAGAAUAUCAGCCCUGAGGAGGCUACUGCAAGUAUCGGAGGAAGGAGAGGUUUCCUUCCCAGCAGCAGAACCUGUGGACCGUCCGCCGGAGAACGGGAACCUCCGCGAGGGAGAAGAGGAAGAGGAGUGGGAGGCGGGUCACGGGACGGAGGCAGACGGCAGCCGACGUCACCCAGGAGGUCUCCCCAAUGGCCCCUUGGAGCCAGAGUGGGGCUCCGAGCACCUGGAUAGGGAAGGAUCCAGUUCCAUAAUUCUGACUCACCAACAAUCUGACGGGGUGAAGCAUCACCUGCGGCUUCUAGAAGAUGCCAUCCAGGGUCUGAAGGAAAUUGAAGCGGAUUAUUGGCACCUGCAGCAGCUGAUAGGAAAACUCACGCCAUCUCAGCCGCCCAGUUUCACAUGAGGCUUGGCCAAGCAGAGAAGGCCUGUCUUUCACAGGGAGGAAAAGGGAUCUUUUUUGCCAACCGCUCUCUCCAGCCAGAUGUUCCUCCUCGAACAACACCAGCAACCAAGUGCGGCCUACACUGCUUUUUGUAUAGAGGAUUUAUAAUGCAGGGAAAGAUUCCAGGGUUAUAAAUAUAUAUUUUAUAUAUAUUCUACCUAGACCACGCUAUAGGGGGCCAUAUUUAGAGGCUGCGGAACUGCAUGUGAGUUAAGGGGUCAAACCCUUCCUGAGGGGUGGGGUUAGCUAUGUCAUCAGGCCAUAGAGGUGCUCUUGGGGGGGUCAGCUUUUUCUUUAGCUAUGGGAGUAAUUUGUGGUGUCUGUCCCAAAGAGAGGCGAAUUAAAAAAUUGGGUCCCUGUGGCAGCUGUCUAGUGGACCAAAGAUGAUGGGGUUGGGGUUGGGUGCAAGGCGCUUGUAGGCUUCUGGGCUCCACAGACCUAUUUAGAACAUAACUGCUGGAGACAUCAAACUUGACCUCCUUUCUGCCAAAAGUGACCAGCCAAAUAAUCUCAGGGAAGGUUUGCAAGGAGGGUAUGACGAUAGCAAUAUCGAGCCCCUCCUCAAAUUGUCAAUCAUCCUGGUGGUAUAAGCUUGCCUUACAGUAUAUCCUCACACGUGGACUUAACCCUCCAGAUAGGCGUCUGAUCCUUUUAAAAAGGAAGCGUUUGGCGGCAGCGGCAGCAGCAAUCACAGUGGUUUCAUGGGGAGGCAAAUCUUUAACUUACUAAACUUGGUUUUCCUUGCCUUUACUCAUCUCCCUGUCCCCAGAAACGCCCCACUUUUCUAAAAUGCGUUUUUAUCCUUUUCCUGCCUCAUUUAUUCACAUCUGCAGUCCUACCCGUCUCCCUCCAUCCCUUGGCCCCUUGUUACCUUGCCAUUCCACACAGUGCUUUUGUUUUGGCACCAAUUCAGCUGAGACACACACACACACACAGCAGAAAAGCCUUGGGGUUGCAUGCAA